AUGAAGUUGGGGCUCUUGUUUUUGACAUUGGCUCGUAUACGGUGAGAGCAGGCUAUGCAGGCGAGGACUGUCCAAAGGUUGAUUUUCCAACAGCCAUUGGUGUGGUGCUAGAAAGGGACAAUGGCAGCACUCUGAUGGAGAUAGAUGGUGACAAAGGCAAACAAGGGGGCCCAACUUACUAUAUAGACACCAAUGCCCUGAGAGUUCCAAGAGAAAAUAUGGAGGCCAUUUCACCUUUGAAAAAUGGAAUGAUUGAAGACUGGGAUAGUUUCCAGGCAAUUUUGGAUCACACUUACAAGAUGCACAUUAAAUCUGAAGCAAGUUUGCAUCCUGUCCUUAUGUCCGAAGCACCGUGGAAUACUAGAGCAAAGCGUGAAAAACUGACUGAGUUGAUGUUUGAACACUACAACAUCCCUGCUUUUUUCUUGUGUAAAACCGCUGUUCUAACGGCUUUUGCUAAUGGGAGAUCUACAGGUCUCAUUUUGGAUAGUGGAGCAACACAUACAACUGCUAUUCCAGUGCAUGAUGGAUAUGUACUUCAGCAAGGUAUUGUAAAAUCACCACUUGCAGGAGACUUUAUUACUAUGCAGUGCCGGGAAUUGUUUCAGGAAAUGAACAUAGAGAUAAUUCCUCCAUAUAUGAUUGCUUCAAAGGAGGCAGUUCGGGAGGGGUCGCCAGCAAAUUGGAAAAGAAAAGAGAAGUUACCCCAGGUCACUAGGUCCUGGCACAACUACAUGUGUAAUUGUGUCAUUCAGGACUUCCAAGCUUCUGUCCUUCAAGUAUCAGAUUCAACCUAUGAUGAACAGGUGGCAGCGCAGAUGCCAACAGUUCAUUAUGAGUUCCCCAACGGCUAUAACUGUGACUUCGGUGCUGAGCGUCUAAAAAUUCCUGAGGGAUUAUUUGACCCUUCUAAUGUAAAGGGUUUAUCUGGUAACACGAUGUUGGGUGUGAGCCACGUUGUCACAACAAGCGUUGGAAUGUGUGAUAUAGACAUCAGGCCGGGCCUCUAUGGCAGCGUGAUUGUAGCAGGCGGAAACACGCUAAUACAGAGUUUCACAGACAGAUUGAACAGAGAACUGUCUCAGAAAACUCCACCGAGCAUGCGCCUGAAGUUGAUAGCGAACAACACAACAGUGGAGCGGAGGUUCAGCUCAUGGAUCGGUGGUUCCAUUUUGGCUUCUUUGGGUACUUUUCAACAGAUGUGGAUUUCUAAACAAGAAUAUGAAGAAGGAGGGAAACAGUGUGUAGAAAGAAAAUGUCCUUAAACCUCUUACUGUGAAAACUGCUGCCUGCUCAGUUCUCCUUCUAUUUUAUAGCUUUAGCAUACUCAGGAAUGGGAUGGACCCCUUUUUUGUAGAAAGUUUAUAUUGGAUUUUUUGCAUAAUUCAAGUUACAUUUUAACAAACCCUAGAAAUUGAGACACCUAAUUGGUACUAUUAUAGAAAAAGGAUGUUUAUGUCCCUUGUAAAGCAAUAAUUCAUGUAACAAGCAUUUUAUAAUUUUGUAUAAAUGUCUAUUUUUCUCUAGUAUCUUUUCCUGGGAACAGCUUUACAGGUUAGCUAAUAGAUAGAGGCAUAACCUUGCAAAUGCCCAUGCAAAUUUACUGAAAAUCUUUUGUCUACUUUCACAUAUUAGUCUUCCUUGCUGGUACUUUGGCCUUAAAUUGCUCUUAUUUCUUUCUUAAAAAAUAAAAUUUGGUCUUUUAUAUUUGAGCAACUUUGUGAGUACUUGCAGAGAAAGUUACUCUUCUGUUUUAAAAAUGGAAAGUUUGUAUUUAGUGAUCUACUAUAGGUAACUCAGUUCAAUGUAAACUUUUACUGUCUGGUGAAAGUGUUACAUUCCACUUAGUGAAUGUUAUAUUAAGCACUGGUUUGCUAAUUUUUUAUUAU